ACGUGUAAUUCCACCAACAUUUUAACACUUUCUCUCCAAUUUCCUCUCGUUUCUCAGACAGCUCAAAAAAUGGCAGAUCCACUCAGCAACUCUCGUCGCCACUCUCUCGUCCCAAGCUUCUUGUACUCUUCAUCUUCUUCAAUGACGACGAGUACUGAUGCACUGGGGCCGUCGGUUUCAUCGUCGUUGGUGGGGGCAGCGUUAUUGUCGAAAAGAGUGGUGGUUCCGGCGCCUAAAGAGAAGGUGGAGAUGUACUCGGCGGGGUUUUACGCCGCGUGUGGCGUAGGAGGGAUGUUGAGCACCGGACUCACCCACUUGGCCGUCACCCCGAUCGAUCUCGUCAAGUGUAAUAUGCAGAUUGACCCAAUCAAGUACAAGAGCAUCAUAUCCGGAUUCGGAGUUCUGCUCAAGGAGCAGGGCAUUAGGGGUUUGUUCAAAGGUUGGGCACCAACCUGGGCUGGUUACAGUGUUCAGGGAGCCGGCAAGUUCGGACUCUACGAGUUCUUCAAGAAGUACUACAGCGAUGUUGCCGGCCCUGAGUACGCAGCCAAGUACAAAACAUUGAUCUACCUUGCAGGUUCUGCAUCAGCUGAAGUCAUUGCCGAUGUCGCCCUCUGUCCUAUGGAAGCCGUCAAAGUUCGUGUCCAAACUCAGCCUGGUUUUGCCAGAGGCUUGACUGAUGGCCUUCCGAAGUUCAUCAAAUCCGAAGGCGCUCUUGGGUUGUACAAAGGGAUGGUUCCGCUUUGGGGACGUCAAGUUCCUUAUACUAUGAUGAAAUUCGCGUCUUUCGAGACGAUUAUCGAGCUGAUGUACAAGCAUGCCGUCCCAACACCUAAAGAGCAAUGCAGCAAACCCUUGCAGCUGGGUGUGAGCUUUGCUAGCGGGUAUAUUGCUGGUGUAUUCUGUGCUGUUGUCUCGCACCCGGCUGACAACUUGGUCUCCUUCCUCAACAAUGCCAAGGGAGCAACCUUUGGUGAAGCUGUGAAGCAACUGGGAGUUUUAGGUCUUUUCACCCGAGGCCUUCCUCUGCGUAUCGUCAUGAUCGGAACCCUCACCGGAGGCCAAUGGGUUAUCUAUGAUGCUUUCAAAGUUUUUGUUGGGCUGCCGACUACUGGUGGUCCUGCUCCCGCUGCUGCCGCCAUCGAGGUUGCGAAGUCUUGAAUCCAUGCCGGAUAGCUGACAGCCCCAAAUCUUUUUGGCUCCGAGAAUUUGCACAAACAAUUUCUUUCAAAGUGACGAUUUGAUUCAAUUUCGGUCAUUGAUCCUGUAUGUAUACUUAUUCGCUACGUUAUACUGCUCGAUUUGAUGCCAAGAGAAAUUUCUGGGGUCAAUUUCCCCAUCGAUGAACAUGUAACAUAGAAUUAAAAAGUUCCACUAAA